AUUAAAAUGUUAUUACAUAAAAUACUAUGCCCUAAUCUCAUACAUGGAUAACAUAAAUUAGGAAAUAUGUUGCAUAAUAUAGAUAAGGUAAAUAUACUAUGGUUCUUGAAUAGAACAUAGUUUCUCACGUGGCUCAUCCCAAGACUUUUUAGUAAAUUUAAGAUGCAAACGACCAUUACCUAAUAUCUUUGUAAUAGUUUCAGAGGACUCAGCAGUUGUUUUGGAUGAGUUUGACAUGAAUUCAUAUGGAAGCCGGCAAGGCCCCCAAGCCUGACACACCUCCACUUGAAGAAAAAUGAAUUUCCAGAUCUGCUCUGCUCUUCCGCCCCUCUGCCGCCGGUUGCUGCUGGGUGUGAGUCUCGGUUUUCUGCCCCGUGAGUCCCCUGCAGAAAUUGCCGCCGGCUUCUCCUCCCUGCCAGCUCCGGUUUGCUUGCUGGAAUUCUGGUUUCUGAUCGUUCUGUCAGUUUAGUACCGAGAUCGGGUCUUCAGUUUUAUGCGAGUGAAUUUCUAUAUUACGUGAUUUGAGGUAAGUAAAUUAUGGUAACGCCC